GCACAGCACGGCUACAAACCCCGCCCGCGCAGAGAGAAAAGCGAGCGCGAGAUGGGGAGAGCAGGGUGGGGGGUUUGCUUACGCCGAAUCAGGGUGCCAGUUAGUGCUGUUGCCGCCAUAGGUGGAGGUUGCACGGGAGCGUGUUCGGAUUAAAGCUGUGUGAUCAUCAACGGCUCCCUGCUGCGACGGUCAGCGUGACGCACAGAGAGCGGAGGGCGCACCGUGGCUGGAGUCACGUUGGAUUAGCGCCAGCGGCAGCGGAGGGAUCACCAAGUUGAGAUGCUGUGAGAGCUCGUGGCGGUGUUUGUGUGUGAGGAGGAUGCUCCAGUCUCGCGGUUGUUUUUGCGCGAUAAGUUUGGACUGACAAGAACGGAGCGGAGCGCGCGCGUCUGUCUGGGAUGUAUUUUUUUUGAACUGCAAUAAGAGAAAAAAAGGGGGAAAAAAGGUCAAGUGGACGCAGUUUGAAGCCGUAGAGGGGUUUGCGGUGUGAGAGGAGCGGAACAAAGCGUGGACCAGGCUCAAUCCCCAACACAAAUCUGGGUAAUGACGGCCGGUUUGGACGUUGUUUUGUGUCUGUUGAUGACCAACAAUACCGGUGAUAAAAUCACAAACCUCGAGUGAAUUCAGGAGUGUUAUACAUUGUGAUUUUUUUUUUUUUUUUUGGAGAAAAGGGGAUCUAAUCCAUGUGGUGUAUUUAGCUCCCCGGCUGCGCGUAAUGGGAGAAAAGUUUCGGACCUUGCAGAGGAGACGCACUCGCAGCAUCCCGCCGCCGUCGACGCGCUUCUAAAUAACAUGUGAAUUCCUGCUGUUCCGUUCGCGCGAGACGAAGUUUAAAAGUGAAUUUUAGCCAUUCAGUAUGACUUGAAAGAGCCCUGGCGUUAUCGGAACUCUCAUCAAGCCAGUUAACGAUCCAUGAACCGCCGAAUCGAUUUGUCCAAAGACGCGCAGACGGACAUUAAUGAUCUGAAGAGGAUUUCUGCAGCAGCAGCAGCAGCAGCAGCAGCAGCGCAGUGAAAGCCUGAGCCCAGUGAGACAGAGAGAGAGAGAGAGAUUCCCCCUGGAUGUCUAUGAUGUUGUGCCAGCUCGGGCAGAGGUGUGUGAUGGAGGUGGUGGUGCUGACCAUCCUGUCCUGGGUGUCCGUGUGGGCAGAGGAGAAGAUCAUAUUUGACAGACACGCUGUCUACUGGAACAGCUCCAACCCCAAGUUCUGGCACGGAGAGUACAGGGUGGCAGUGAACAUUAAUGACUAUCUGGACAUCUACUGUCCUUACUACGAGGGUCCUCCGUCCCAUGGGCGCAUGGAGCGCUACAUCCUGUUUAUGGUCAACCACGAGGGCUACACUUCCUGCCAGCACCGGAUGCGUGGCUUCAAGCGCUGGGAGUGCAACCGCCCCAGCGGUCCUGACGGACCCCUGCGCUUCUCAGAGAAGUUCCAGCUCUUCACUCCCUUCUCCCUGGGCUUUGAGUUCAGGCCUGGACACGAGUACUACUACAUCUCGUCUCCUCACCCAAACCAUGUGGGCCGAGCAUGUCUAAAGCUGAAGGUGUAUGUCAGACCUCCAGAUGGGUCGGGAUAUGAUUCUCCGGAGCCCUUCCUGACUGAUGGAGGUCCAAGCUGGAGGCCAGGGUCCAUGGCCCCGUUAGCUGUUCUGGCCUCACUGCUCCUGGGACUAUUCUCCUGGCUGUGACCCCUCUCCCCCUCAUUCUGGAGCUCCCACCCAGGGUCGCUGGGCUGGGCUGGCUGUCCCUCUAAAUCCACCACCCCUCAGGGAAGCCCUCUGUCUCCGUCCCCCCCCCCUGUCCCCCCCACCUACCCUCCCACCUCCACCUCUAUACGACCAACAACCCCCCCACCCCCCACCCCGCCAGCCCCUUCCAUGGCCCAGCUACGGACACCGUUUCCAGCCCUGACUAAGAGGGUUUGGUCCUGAGCUGUCUGGGAAACUGCGCUUCAUCUCUGACCCCCAAAUUCUGGGUGGAACAGCACCUCUCAGCUGAAAAACACAAGGGAAAUGUCUCUGCACUCAUAUCAAGCGGUCCUUUUGAUUUGUUUAUUGACUCUUGGCCACUGAUGGGGUAGAUGUAGCCGCGGCUAUGAUUAAACUUGUCGUUCCAGUGCAAUUCCUAUCAUCCAAUCACGGCAGGAUGCAUUAAGCGAUAGGCCUGGAUGCACAAAAAUUGGAUUUUUUUUCCACACAUUGCUAUCCCAUUGUCAAACCAAGAAUUGGAAGUGGCCAAGCUUGCAUUUUAAUUGGAAUUCUAUACUACCUGGACCAGUUCCAACUGCAACGAGUAGAACAGCAAGCCUAUAGAGAUGGAAAGGAGAUAAGUGACCCGGCCAGUGCAGAAAACAAAGGGAAACAGAUUAAAAUAAAUAUGGCCAUAUGGGAAAUGUAAUGUUAUAUGUGUUGAUAUUUCCAGACCCAGUGAGUGUAUAUUCACAGCAAUGUGAUAUAAAAACCACAGUUGGAUUUUUUUUUUUUGUUAUAAGAAGCUUUAAUGUCACAUUAAAAUGACAAGUAUAAUCAUAGCCUGUUUUAGUGGAAGGGUGGGAUGUGUGCAGAUGGGUGUUCUGGGUGGGUUUGGUGAGGUGUAUAUUUUCAGGUGGAAUGUGUUCUGUCUUAUUCAUGUUUCUAAACAAAGCAUUUAUCACAGCCUGGCCAGCACGGGCGUCUUCAUCACUCUCUAAUGUUGAUUGGGUCGGGUGACUUUUGGAACCAUGACUUUCUCAUGUAUGAAUGUACCACUGGUCACCCACCUCUUUGUCUUUCUGUAUUAUUAUGACUGUGGUCACUUACCUUCUCUCGGACUGGCAGGAUGAACGGGUCGGGGAUUUGGAGGGAUGUGUGGGGCGGGCGGGAGAAGAGUGAAGUAAGGAUGUACGGAGGACAGGUGACAAAAGGAGGCGACACUCAAGUUGCAUGACCACUGUGAAACCUUCAGAUCAAUCUCGUUUGUAAUGAUGAUAUAUUUUUUCAUGGGGCGAAUCAGAAACACCCUGCUACCGCUCUCUUACUCUCCUUGAGACUUUUUCAGACAUCAAAAGGAAAAUUCAGCCUCUCCCCUCACACGAUUUCUCCUGUCUGGCUUUUAGCCGCCGAUGGAUUAGCUCGGGCCGGGAGAUAAAUGGACCCACAGGGUGAAACUGACUGGAAGUCAGCCCUCGGAGCCCAGGCCAGAUCACAAUGGACGUAAAUACUGACUGAAGCUGGUCCUGGGUCUGAGGGUUAAACCAAUAAGGGAAGCGCAUGGACUGUGGCAAAUGAGGCGAGGUGUGUGUGGUAGCAGCACAGAAACACACAUCCGCAUGCACACAUACAUACACACACACACACACACACACACACACACAGUCUUUGAUAACGGGACGGUUCCUCUGAGGUUUUGGGAGCAUUCAUGGACAUGACUAUAAAGGGAACAGCACAAAGAGAGAGGGAGCAGAGGAGGAGGGAAAGUUUGUGUGUAUCAUGGGACUGAGACUUCUUUAAUGUUAGGAAGUGAACAUAAUGAGUAAGCACUGUGAACACACACAUAGAUAAAAACACAAACAUGACGACCAGUGUACAGAUACACACACACACACACACACACAUACAGACAUUAUGUAGAGAAGCAAAUUCAGAGCUAAACAUUUACAAAGACAUGGCAUGCACAUACACACAUGUACAAAGAUACACAAAAAAAACACAAACAAGGGGAAGCACUUCCUUCGCUGUUUCAUCUUAUUUUUGUAGCAUUUAAAAUCACUGUUAAUUACUCCUGUGUGGGAUGCAGUGACGGGGUAUAGCCUGUGGAAGAUUAAAAAAAAAAAAAAAUGUUUUCUCUUCUUCUAUUCCACUGAUGCUGUCCUUCUAUCGUUCUUCUUCUCUGGUUUGUGAUCCAUGGUUGGUAGUGGUAGGAUGCCUCCAGGUCUGAGCGUCAUGUAUGAGUUUGUCUCCUUUUCUGUUUGUGGUGUUUUUGUGGGUGCUGACCUCAGUCAUUAAAGUCAGUCAGUCAAACGUAAACACAGAAGUCAGAGCAAGGAGAGAAACACACAAAUAAAGAUUGUCUUUUUGUCUACUUGAAAAAUAA